AUGCGCCCUGAACCUCAUAAUGAAUUGACCAGAAGCGAAAGUGCACAUAUACAGCGAGAAAAAUCCAUAAUAGAACAAUUUUGUAAAAUUGGCAUUAUUAAAACCAAUCCUCUGCGACUUAUUAACGACUAUCUCGAUGAACGACUUGUGUCCCUCGAGGAAGCUCUUAAACCUUUCGAUGCUAAAAUUGAUCAUUUGUCUUACAAUAUUGAAGAAGCUAAAGCUAAGUGUCAUUAUCCAUCAGAAUAUAAGCUUACUCGUGAUGAAUCAGCUUCUAUCUACAUUUAUACAAUGCGAUGGAAGGACCAAUGCCUCUAUGAUCAUUUGCAAGCAGCAUGGAGAUCUCAAGAUCGAUCUAAAAUGAAGCCAUGGUUUAAAUAUCUGAAAUUAUUCAAAAGUGCACUUGAUAAAUUACCUAAUACAAAGGGUGAAAUUUGGCAAGGGGCACUUUAUGAUGAGGCAAUCAAAGAGACAUUAGCUUCAGAGUCAUCAUCGCUAUAUUCUACUAUGACUUCAUGUUCACCAUCGAACACUGGUAUUGUAGAUUAUCUGCAGACAAAUGUUGGUACAAAGUUGAUUAUUGUUGGUUUUAAGUCUGUAAAUGGAAAAUCACUAUCUGAUUAUACAGCUAAUCAAUCCAAGGAAGUAAUGCUAUGGCCUGGUAUAAAACUAGAUGUAGUAAGAGUGAUCAUGGUAAAUGAAACUGGUUCAGCGAUUGUACAUGUAGUAGGACAGAUGUAUCCUCGUGUAUCAAUGGCGACCAAACCACAAAUAAUUGAAGGACACUUUGAAUGUCAAAAUAAGGGUUAUAGACGUUCACUAGUCAUGCAAUCUUUGAUAAUAUUGCGAAGUAUUAUUCUUUAG